AUGAAGGUGAGUGGCGUAUCUUCAAAAUUUCUGGCUUCUAUUCAAGAUCAAAGCCUUUCUUCGGUGAAGAUCAUCCUAGUAGCAGUCAAACUUCGAAGGGUAUUGUUCAAGGCCGGCGUGCACUUGAAAACGAAGAUUUGUCGCUUGAUCGACCAAUUUACAAAGGUCAUGGAUAUCGAAUGGUUGUAUCGAUUAAGGUCUACGAAGGUAGUCGGGCUAGGGAGGCAUCCAAACAUCCCUCAUAUGAUAGCUGUCUCUGCUUUCGAAUCCGAGAUGUCUUUUCUUGUUUUUGAUGAUGAAUACGAAGGCACCGUCGAUCGUAUGCUCAGUCAGGCUCUGAAGAAGGACCUCAAGCAGAGUCUGAUCUUGGGACUACGGACAUCAGGUCUAGAUUACCUUCAAGGUCUUAAAUACCCUUUUGUACCCGUGGGGUCGGAUCAUUUUGUCGUUAUGAGCUGUAAAGGAAAGGUAGUAAUCAGCUUCGAUGUGGAAGGCGUUUGUCAGAUCGAGCAAUCAAGUGAGGAAACCAGUCUAUCAGCCAGUGCAGAUCGAGCACUGAUCCUUUUCCACGAACUUUGCGAAAAGACUUUUGACGAGGCGUGCAAAGCUCACUAUGGAGGUCAGCAAAUUCAACGUGCUCAUAUCGACGAGUUUGACGAAGAUCUACCCGGGAAUCGCUUUGAGAAACUGGACGAUAACUUAUCCUCGUCAAAUGCCCAUGCCUCACCUUCAAUGACGAGGGGAAGAGCACUGCUUGCAGCGUCACCCCGACAGCCAGAUGGACGUCGCCAAGAAUUGAUUUGGAAAUCCGCGACAGGAGUGAGAGUGACUCUUGAUGACAUAUCCCUCCAGUUCCAAGACUUCCUAUACUCCCAUCCCCCGUCCUCAGAACCCAUCCUGAAUCGUCGUCGCGGCCGCUAUAUGGCCAGAACUUCGCAUCGCUGCCCAGGCUAUAAUCGAAUUGAGAUUACUUUGACCCCGGACAUUAGCCGCAGUGCUAUUGUUUCCCAUUCCAGCCCAACUCCAGGCGAGAUAUGCCCAGUUUUUUCGACGCCGAGAAACACAAAUUUGUAUGCGGUCGCUGUCAGAUAUCCUAUCAACUACGGCGAUAACCAGGAAAUUGACUCCAACGACCGCCUUAGAGAGGACAUUGCCACAAAGGCCAUGGAAGGCCGCAUGAGGGAGGAAGUUCCAGAGGCUGUUUCAUGUGGACCCGCAGCGAGUUCUGAAAGCUUGCAACCCAACGUAGUGACGGAACCCCCCGUGAGCAAAGCGGGAGGAGGUUCCACGAUUCCAUCAGUGCCUACAGAAUUAACGUUGACAGGACAGCACGAUGCCGAGGGUUCCUUGAAGCCGGUUGUCCGAGAUGUCGUCGUUGUGGAUUCAACCCUUGGCUGCUGGAAUACUCUAGCUCAUGUCCCAUUUGUCGGCAAGGUACCUACGAUGGUGGAGACGACCCCGGUCCCAUCGACCCCACCGCGAAGGCCGGUUAUUGGAGCGGAUGGGAAGAUGGUUAUGGUUGAUGCUGACGACCACCUUCAACUUUCAAGCGGCACCGCGGGGUCAAGUGGCACCGAGAGGUCGAGCGGCACCGUUGGGUCGAGCGGCACCGAUGGGUCGAGCGGCACCGAGGGAUCGAGCUGCACCGAGGGGUCGAGUGGAACCGAGGAGUCGAGUGUCACGGCGGGGUCAAGAAAAGGGAGAGGGAAGACCAAGGUGAAGAAACGCGGCUAA